CUUCGUCCUCUCUCUGAUUUAGUUUCUUUGGUCUUUUUCCCUUCCCCUGACGACCACCUUCACUCUCAUCCUUCCCUUCGUUGUUUGAUGUGCUUUUGUUCUCUUUAAAUCUCUCUUCCCCCAAUCCACAAUCCUUUUGGGCUGGAACAGAAGUUCCUGGACGAUCCUAUGGUUCGCUACGACCGCUAAUUGUCAAUCUUUCCUUCUCGUCCAACUCGGUCGGAAUUCAGGAGCGUUGUCCGAAACGCCAUAGCCUUGUCUACUUGCCUUGCCCGCAUGUCGACUGGAGUUGACAGCCGACAUCUCAAGGGUUUACCGUCUUUUUCUAAACCGGGCUCCAGAAAUAGUCGACGCUCGAUUUCGCGCACUUCUACCCCCGCAAAAGUUCCUGAGAAUUCUCACGAUCCCAAGUCGACUGACCAAUAUUCAAUGUUCGCCAUGGCUCAAACUCAACGCUCUCGCUACUUGAAAACAGGAGCUGUUGUUGGUUUUGUUCUGUUGAUGCUCCUCUGGCUUUCGCCGUCCAAGCCAUCUGUGAGCAACUUUGGAGGAUACCAAAAGCCUUCGACCGGCGCAGCACCUCUGACGGAGAAGUGCACAAAGCCCUAUGACUCGUCCAAACCCCUUAUCCAGUAUGCGCUCAUGAUCGAUGCCGGCAGCCAGGGCUCUCGGAUUCACGUCUACCGUUUCAACAACUGCGGCCCUACCCCGGAGCUUGAGAACGAGGUCUUUGAGCAGACCGCGAAGAGAGAAGGCGGCUCUGGCCUGAGCGCAUACAAGGAGGAUGCUGAGGGAGCGGCUAAGAGCUUGGAUCCCCUCAUGCAGACGGCCCUGAAGUCCGUGCCUGAGGAGUAUAGGUCAUGCUCGCCCAUUGCUGUUAAGGCCACCGCCGGGUUGCGCAUGCUUGGCAAUGAGAUGAGCAUGAAGAUCCUUGAGGCCGUCAGGACUCGUCUGGAGACCGUGUAUCCCUUCCCCGUCGUUUCCCGGGAGAAGGGUGGCGUCGAAAUCAUGGAUGGUUCGGAUGAGGGUGUUUACGCCUGGAUCACCACCAACUACCUUCUCGGCAAGAUUGGCGGACCUGACGAGACCCCGACUGCUGCCAUCUUCGACCUGGGUGGUGGUUCUACUCAGAUUGUCUUUCAACCCACGUACCCCAAGAGCCCAUCCGGCGGUAUGCCCGAGCACCUGGCCGAAGGUGACCACCGGUACGAUCUUGAGUUUGGCGGUCGGCACUUUGAGUUGUACCAGCACUCUCAUCUGGGAUACGGACUUAUGGCUGCUCGGGAGGCAGUCCACAGGGCUGUUAUCGAGGCUAAGCUUGCCGCCAGUCCCACGGACCGGGCCUGGCUCCAGCAGCCUAUCUCCAACCCUUGCAUUGGGCCUGGUAUGGAGCGCGACGUGGAAGUCUCCUUCGAAGCUGGCCACACUCUCGCUCCCAAGGUCAGCGUCAAGAUGGUGGGUCCGAAGGAAGGGUCUUCUGCGGCGCCUCAGUGUCGCGGUCUGACCGAGAAGAUCCUCAAGAAGGAAGCCGACUGCAAGCUGGCGCCCUGCUCGUUCAACGGAGUGCACCAGCCUUCCCUGGCUAAGACGUUCUCUCGGGAGGAUGUCUACGUCUUCUCCUACUUCUAUGAUCGCACCAAGCCUUUGGGCAUGCCGGACUCUUUCACUCUGGAGGAGCUGCACCACCUUACCUCGACGGUCUGCGCUGGUAAGCCGGAGUGGAAGAUCUUCGAGGGAAUUGAGGACGCUAUUCCCCAGUUGAACGGCCGGCCCGAGUGGUGCUUGGACCUGAACUUCAUGCUGGGUCUCUUGCACACGGGUUACGAGAUGCCGUUGUCGCGUGAGGUCAAGAUCGCCAAGAAGAUCAAGAACAACGAGCUUGGCUGGUGUCUGGGAGCUAGUUUGCCUCUUCUGAGCCAAGAGUCUGGCUGGACAUGCCGGGUCAAGGAAGUGUUCUAAAUGGAUGAUGGUGAUGCGGUGACGUAUAAUUAAUCAAUACCACAUUUUCAGCCUCGGGGCACUUCCUUCUCUUUUCGUGCAAAUAGGCUAGACUCGGGUGUUUGUAUAUGGGUUCAUGUAUUAGACUUUUUCGGUAUAACUGUUUAAUUAUUCAUAGUUCUUCC